AUGAAAGAUGGAGACAUUUACAUUGUAGACAAAAUUGUUGGGCAUCGAAGGAGGAGAGGCGUGGAACAGUAUCUUGUGAAAUGGGAAGGAUAUCCAGACUCAGAAAAUACAUGGGAGGAUGAAGAGAACAUCUUCUGUAAGGAGCUGAUAAGGGAAUACGAAGAAUCCCAAGAAAAAUCAAAAAAAGGCAACGAUCGCGUGAAUAAGAAAAAAGCUGACCCUAAGAAACUUAGUAAGAAGAAUCCGUCAAGAAAUGGAAGAGACAUCACUAAUGACUGGGAUAUGCUUGUUGAUAGAAUUAUAUCGGUAGAGAAGAACGGACCUACUCUUACGGUCUGGCUACUAUUCAAGGAUGGGAAGAAGGACUGUUUUCCUGCAUCACAAGUCCAUUCGAAAUGCCCAUUACAUUUACUUGAAUACUAUGAAAGCAACCUAGUUUUCUGCGAAGACGGAGUAAAUGAUACCAAGUAA